AUGGCCGAGUCUACGUCUUUUGACGCGAAUGCUCAUAACGGCAACACCGAUCUCCACUCGCCGCGACCGCGCAAACCCACGAGAAUCGACUUGCUCAAGCCCCAACUCAGCGACGAGGCGUUUAACAAGAAUGGCACGCUCCGGGAGCCCGGCUCAGGCAUCUCUAGUGGAAGAAGCACACCCAUACCCGACGAUGCCCCGCCUUCCGUCCAGGCCUCCUCGUCCGCACGCAGGCAGAUACGCGCCCAGCACAAGCAGCGCAUAUUCCCUACCAUCGACUACGUGGAUCGCGUCUCCCACUUCGACCCAAACAGCGACUACCAUGACUUCCGCGGCUUCUUCGUCCUGUUCUGGAUCGGACUUGCCAUCAUGGUCAUUACAUCGAUGCUACGCAACAUGACCGAGACCGGAUACCCCUUUCAGAUGAGACAGUGGGCGCUGUUCAAGGAGAAGGUUGUCGAGCUUGGUCUAGUCGACGGUGCCAUGGUGUUCAGCACCGCCCUGUCGCUGCCACUCCAGAGGCUGUUUCUCAAACAGGGGUCCCUACGCUGGAACACGUCUGGCAUAGCUAUACAGAGCAUAUUUCAGGCAAUCUGGCUCGCUUUCUGGACUACAUACCCUUUCAUUCGCGACUGGAGCUGGACCGCGCAGGUCUUCUUCACUCUGCAUCUGCUUGCGAUUUUCAUGAAGAUGCACUCUUACGCCUUCUACAACGGUCAUCUCAGCGAAACUCUACGUCGCUUGAACGAUCUUGAUACACCCGACAAGGCAAGCAAGGUAGCUGCAGUGCGCUAUCCAAGCUCAAGCACUCAUCUGCACGAGAUCCCGCAAUCGCCCUCACAGGAGGAGCCCGACCCGAAGAAGGCAAAUGCAGAGUAUCUUGGCCAGCUGAGAGAUGAUCUCGCAUUGGAGCUUGCUUCGCCUCUCGGCAACGUCUCUUACCCCAACAACCUCACCCUGUAUAACUUUGUCGACUUCAUCUUCUGCCCAACCCUGUGUUAUGAGCUUGAGUACCCGAGGAACACCAGCAUCCGCUGGUUGGAGGUCUUCUACAAGACUCUUGCCGUAUUCGGAUGCAUCUUCUUGAUGGUCAUUACUGCGGAGGAGUUCAUCCUCCCAGUGCUGGACGUAUCGGCUGUGCGACUCCAGAAUUCCAAGGGUGCUACGGAUUUCACGUUGAUUCUUAGCGAGACUAUCGGUCGACUGCUAUUUCCAUUCAUGAUUACUUUCCUGCUAGUCUUUCUCGUCAUCUUUGAGUACAUUCUGGGUGCUUUUGCAGAGAUAACACGCUUUGCCGACCGUCAAUUCUAUGCAGACUGGUGGAACAGCUGCGAUUGGUUAGAAUUCUCGCGCGAAUGGAACAAGCCUGUUCACCAUUUCUUCCGACGACACGUCUACUCUGCAUCUAAGAACCACAUGUCGCGUCCUCUAGCUACAACGAUCACCUUCCUCAUCUCUGCGUUAGCGCAUGAGCUUGUCAUGGGCUGCAUUACACGGAAGUUCAGAGGCUACGGUUUCGUUGCGAUGAUGCUCCAGAUGCCGAUUGUAAUGUUGCAACGGAGCAAGUGGGUUAGAGGCCGCACUCUGUUGAACAACGUCCUCUUUUGGUGCAGCAUGAUCUUGGGGCUUAGCAUGAUUGUUGCUUUGGAAUAG